AUGAAAGGCUCUUUUUAAGUGAAGGAAGCUCUAGCUGAAAUUUUUUAUUAAGUAAAAGAUAUAAACGAACACAUAUUCGCUGUCAUAUUAGAAAUAUUUAGAAAGGAAAAAGUUUAUGAUUGCAUUGGAUUCCUAUCAUAUAUUUAGAAUCAGACACAAUUAGAAUCAUAAAUCUUACUAAAAAUAUAGAAUUUCCUCCAAGCUGAUUAAGAAUAGAUAUUGUCUGUUGUUAGAAAUGAUAUGAAAUAAAUUAUAGAAGUCUUAAAAAAAUUAAAAGACCAUGACUUCAAUUAUAAAGACUUUUCCUCUGAAAAAAAUGAAGAAUCUACAUUAAGUCUAAUAAAUAGCAUCAAGAAUGAUAAAUUCAUCAUAGAAUUUCUGUACUUUUUAGUCCAUCUUACAUCUAUAGAUAACACUCUAAUAUAAUGUGGGUGAAAUUCAUUACAUAUAUUAGUUGAGAUGAAGGCUGACCUUAGAUACAAAAAUUUUGAAAAUAUUAAGAUUUAAAAUACUUCAUUAGUAGGAGCUAAUUUUUUUAGGUGUAAUUUUAGUGGAUCCAAAUUUAAUAAUGUUAAUAUAAAUGGGGUGAAUUUGAAUGGAGCUUUAUUGUUAAAUUGUUUAUGGAAGAACUUAAGAAUUCUAGAAUUAAAUUAAUUGAAUGACAAUCCAAGUGCAGUCAACUCAGUCUGUUUCUCUCCUUGUGGAAAUACAUUAGCUUCUGUAGGUGGAAGCGGAAACCAUUUGAAAUAAGGUGAUAACUCAAUUCGUCUAUGGGAUGUCAAAACAGGAUAAUAAAAAGACAAGUUUGAUGGUCAUACUAACACUGUUAGAUCAGUCUGUUUUUCUCCUGAUGGAAAUACAUUAGCCUCUUGUAGUAAUGAUAAGUCUAUUCGUCUAUGGGAUGUCAAAACAGGAUAAUAAAAAGCCAAAUUAAAUGGCCAUUCUAGUGCAAUCACGUCGGUCUGUUACUCACCUGAUGGAAAUGCAUUAGCAUCUGGUAGUGAAGAUAAAUUUAUUUGCCUAUGGGAUGUUAUGAGUUAGAAAAAAAUAUCUAAAUUGGAUGGCCAUCGCGGAACUGUCAACUCAGUCUGUUUUUCUUAUGAUGGAAAUAUGAUAGCUUCUGGAAGUGAUGAUAAGUUUAUCCGUCUAUGGGAUGGCAAAACAGGAUAAUAGAAAGCCAUGUUGGAUGGUCAUAUCCGUUAUGUUAUUUCAGUUUGUUUCUCUCAUGAUGGAAUACAUUAGCAUCUGGUGGUGAAGAUAAGUCUAUCCGACUAUGGGAUGUUAAUACAGGAUAAUAAAAAGUCAAGUAAGAUAGUGAAAGUGGAACUGCCUACUCAGUCUAUUUCUCUUCUGAUUUAGAUAUAUUAGCAUCUGGUAGUAAUGAUAAUUCUAUCCGUCUAUGGGAUGUAAAGACAGGAUAAUAAAAAGCCAAACUGGAAGGUCAUACUAGAUAUGUUAACUCAGUUAGUUUCUCUUCUGAUGGAAAAACAUUAGCUUCUGCUAGUAAUGAUAAGUCUGUCCGUCUAUGGGAUAUCAAAACAGGGUAAUAAAAAGCCAAAUUAGAUGGUCAUAGUGGUACUGUUAGAUCAGUCUGUAUUUCUCCUGAUGGAUAUACAUCAGCUUCUGGUAGUGUAGAUAAGUCUAUCCGUCUAUGGGAUGUCAAAACAGGAUAAUAAAAAGCCAAAUUAGAUGGUCAUAGUGGUUGUAUUAACUCAGUCUGUUUCUCUCCUGAUGGGAAUACAUUAGCUUCUGGGAGUGAUGAUUAGUCUAUCCGUCUAUGGGAUGUCAAAACAGGAUAAUAAAAAGCCAAAUUAGAUGGUCAUAGUGGUUGUAUUAACUCAGUCUGUUUCUCUCCUGAUGGGAAUACAUUAGCUUCUGGGAGUGAUGAUUAGUCUAUCCGUCUAUGGGAUGUCAAAACAGGAUAAUAAAAAGCCAAAUUAGAUGGUCAUAGUGGUUGUAUUAACUCAGUCUGUUUCUCUCCUGAUGGGAAUACAUUAGCUUCUGGGAGUGAUGAUUAGUCUAUCCGUCUAUGGGAUGUCAAAACAGGAUAAUAAAAAGUCAAAUUAGAUAGUGGUACUAGUUGGGUCUAAUCAGUCUGUUUCUCUCCUGAUGGUUAAAGAUUAGCUUCUGGUAAUUAUGAUAAAUCUAUCCAUCUAUGGGAAGUCAAGAAUGGAUAAGAAAUCAAAUCGUCCGAUAAAAAAUACAAAGAUAUUAUUAAAUAAUUUAUAAUUUAGCUCCAAUAAAAUAGUCAUUUUUCAGAAAGUAAUAUUUAUAUUUUUAAUAUUUAUAGUCUCCAGAUACCAAAAUACACUUCUUAUAUCCAAAAUGGCAAUAUUCUAAGUUAAAGGAGCAUUAAUUCUGAAAGGAGAAUUUUCAAAUCAAUCAGGUAUCGAUUUAAAGACCAUAUUUAAACAAAAAGGAAGUUGCUUUUUAGAAGACUUAUAGUAAAAGUGA